GACAGCUGCGGAAUUGGAAUGCUGCUACAGAGUGUGCGAGUCGGGCGGCUUGGUUCGGUUAUGCCUAUGAUGUCGCACAGCUGUAUAGAUUGCUGUCGCUGCUUUGCAUUUAACAUGGCUAUCAAAAUCAAAUAUUUCACUUACUUUAAAAUGAACUGUAUUUAGCCUUACUUUUGUACUAGUAGAAAGGAGCGGACAAAGGCUGAGAAAAGAUCUAAGAGCAAAGAGCAAGAAGAAAAAUGUAUCGAACGUUUUCUUUCCCAAUGACAGCGGAACGCAGUUGGAAUAAGGAGCGCCUUGAAGCUAGUUUGGCCGGACUAUGUGAGUUGGAGCUACUGAAACAAAGGCAGGAAUGCCUGGUGCUCAGUGCCCUGUCCCUCGGAGACCUUGCCCCAGGUCGCCCGAUUUGGAGCGACCUCCAGCCGUCCCGGCCCUCCCCUGACACGGCUAACUGUGCGCCUGACGACUUGUGUUACAGGCGCAAGCCGAGUGGUCUACAGUGUACUCCGUGGGGUCUGAUGGUAUCUCUGGAGCAGCAGGUUGGGGAGCUGAAGGUGGAUAAACAGACUAACGGAGUGGAGCCUCCUGGUGAUGUGGUGGACAGUCGCCCCAGCUCAGGAUUCUGUGAGCCGGGUGAAGUCCUGUCUCCUGUUGGCCUCUCGGAUUUCUCUGGGUUUGGACAGCUCUCCCCAAGUGUUUCCCAAGACAUCCGCAUGGCCUUCCCUAAUGACAGGCUCAAAUCAGCCGGGGAAGUCAUUGGGCCAAGUCGGGAUGGUCCACCAGACUCCGGGUCUCACACUACGGUCCCCCGCUCCGUCUUGGCUCCCUACCCCUCCCUGGAGGGCAUUGCUGAGGGGGCAAGCGGGGACGAGGCCUGGCCCUGGGACCCCACAGAGGGGCCUAGAGGAGGUCUGGAGGUGAGGACUGAGGCGCCGGAAGGGGAGCCCACUGAGGACGACUACCGGCAGGCCCAGCGGGUGGAGACCUAUAUCCUGGGUCUGAUCCAGCGGCGCGCCCUGCCACCUCGGCCCUGCAAGCCCCGCACCAGCCUGGGCCUACACGAGGCCCGCACCGCCAUCACUGUGGUCCGCCAGAGCAGCCUCUGCCGCAAGGAGCCCCAGCCUCCACCAGCCUCCAUCCCUGAGCACCAGCCCCACUACUACCACGCCCCGUCUCCCCCUGAGGGUCACACUCCCUCCUGGGCCUGCCACAGCCCGGACCAGGAACCUUACGCAGGCAUGGCCCUGCUUCCAGAGGACCCCUCCCUCCACCACCACCAGCACGACCACCCCCACUACCCCCAGCACAGGGUCAGGCAGCCCCCCCUGGCUAACACCCGCUCCGCCUCCCUGGACUACCCCUGCAGUGGAGCUCCACCCCAGGACCCCAGCAGCAGCGAACCCGACUCUCCCCAGCACUUCCACCGCGGCUACCCCGCCCUUCCACCGCCCCGUUCGCCACCGUCUCCAGAUGAGCAACUGGUCAACGCCCAAUACAUUCCGGCCCAACCCGUCCGGACUCCCACUGCCAGGCCCUCUGGGCACUCCCAUUCCCACAGGACGUCCCCCGGGGGGCCCAAACCCAACAGGGACGCCUAUUCCCCAGAGAGGGGCUCCCGGGAGCAUUCAGCCUCACAGCAGCUGCAACACGCCAAGUCUAGGGCCGCCCCCAAGAAGUGUCGCUUCAGCGAGGAGAGGGAGAGAGAAAAGGAGCGGGAGAGAGAAAAGGAGCGGGAGAGAGAAAAGGAGAGGGAGAGGGAACGGGAACGGCCUGGAGGUUCCAAGAAGCCUGGAAGACGGGCCUGCAGGUCUCAGUCCGAGAACAGCCUCAAUGGGCAGCGGGGCGUCCCUGAACGCAGGUACAACACAGUGGACCGGGACGGGGGUGGUUCCGGUUCAGGGAGCGGCCGCGGCGGCCAGUCCAAGGGGAAGAAACCCCCGCCGGGCGGGGCCGGCUACCGGCGCUGGCGUUCCACGCUGGAGCUCAGCCAGGACGAAGCUGAGCAGCCUCCGCCGGCUCCCGCCGCCGACCAGGGCCCCAGACGCAGCCGCAAACCUCGGCCGCCUCCCCAGUCCUACGCCUACGUCAACCCCCAUCACCACUUCCACCACCCUCAUCUAGAGUACCUGGACCGAGAGCGCUCGCCCCCGUGUCGUCCUGAAGAGGGCUACCCCCAUCCAGGUCAGGGCGAGUCUGAGUCCAGUCUGAGCGAAGCCGACUCCCCGGCCUCCAGUUCGUUGUCCAGUGACUCAGACGAGAGUGGGGGCCUGGUGUGGCCCCAGCAGCUCCCCCCUCAGCUCGCGUCCCCCCCUGCUCCAGCAGGAGCUCCCCUGCAGCCCAAAGCCUUCAUCAAGAUCAAGGCCUCGCAUGCGCUGAAGAAGAAGAUCCUGCGCUUCCGCACAGGCUCCCUCAAAGUGAUGACCACUGUGUAGACGUCAGAGCAGUGAUGGAUAGGACACUUCAGAGACGACACCAUCUAACAGUCCAUACGUAUAAACGUGCAUAGACUCUUGUGAUUUCAGUGUAGCCUUUGCGGGCAUCAGGUCAGCCAGCACCCCUCCUGAACAAGCACACUGAGCUAAACUUGAGCUCUGAACUCUGGUCCCAGAUUGAUGAUCACUUCUGCUGAUGACUUAUCCCAGCCAAGAGGGGUGUGAUACUAGACAUCCUAUGCUUGAGUGGGGGGCCUUGGGGUUGCUAAAGUGGAAAUAGGAUUGGCACUCACAAACGAAGCAACCCCACCCCCCUCCCCGAAAAUAUAUUUCCUCCCCCUCCAAGAACGGUCCUCCCCCUCCCGACUGACGAGGACUGAGAGCGUGACCUGUAACCCCAUGUCUGGUGAACGGUGACUCAGCAUCAAUGUUGUCUGUAUCCUGGGUUCCAUUCCCACUGCAUUGCAGAAAUGUCAUGGUGUCGACUGAUGAAUACAUGCCACUGCUUUAACUGCGUAGUGCAGUGGGGCUGCAGAAGCCGGCAUCAGGGUCGGUCGUGUUAACUCUUAUUACGUUGUUAGCUGAUAUCCAGGCACUGGGAGAUCUGACAGCAGUCUGCAAUGUGAUAUGGUACAUGGCCCUUCUUCUGCACAUGCCCACCUGUGAGUUGGAGUGGACACGCGUGUAUUUAUGAAUGUAGUCUGUAAAUAAAUAAAAAAAAGUGCUGGGACCAUGGAACAUUUAGGGACCAAAAUGG